ACUAGGACCCGGGGGAAUCCCGGGGAGACAGUGCAGGCUUUCAGUCAGUCACUGCAUGUCAGGACACACCUGGCUUUCUGAUCUGAGACAAUUCCGUUGAAAGUCUCUCUGCGACAUGGAAACGAUCUGACAGUUUGAUUAAUCGAAUUUGGCGGGAUCGUAAUGUCUAGAUGGAACUGCAUAUGUGGCAAUGUGCAUAUGAGCCGAGUUCACAUAAAUGGACCGCGCACACGGUUGAUUUGAGAGCCGAAUCACCGACGAUGACGGUUCACGAACAAUGCCAUGACCGCUGCGCGGAUCGAGCCAAAUAAAGCGCACGAGAAGUGGAAGAUGGAAAACAACAAGCCGAACGAACAUGACAUCACGGAGGUGGUGGCGCAACAGUCCGCCGCGAACCCGACUGAGAACGGCGUCAUGAUGGUGAUCAACCACAGUAAAGUCAGUCCACCAUUUAGCGUGCUGUGGGCGACCGUCCUGUACUGCGCGGAGUUCAUAUGCGCCUCGGUGCUCACCAGCAUGUACCACAAGUCUGACGACGUGGUGUGGAUGGGACUUACUAUUACAUUCAUGCUGGUUCCGUCGGUUUUGACCCAGCUCACGCUGACGUUUGUGCACCGGGACUUAGGGAGAGACCGACCCCUCGUGCUCUUCAUGCAUCUGCUUCAGUUGGGGCCUAUUAUAAGGUGCAUUGAAGCUCUUGUUAUUUACUGUCAGGCGGGAAAAAAGGAGGAACCGUAUGUUACAAUUUCAAGAAAGAUCAAGCUGAAGCAUGGCAAGGGCUUAGGCCCAGCUUUUGAAUGUGAGAUCGGACACUCUGAGCGCAAACUAGCCGUGCACCGCAAUGCCUUCAAACGCACAGCUGUCAUCCAAGCCUUCCUAGGCUCCACUCCGCAGCUUACUCUACAGCUCUACGCCACCAUUCAAGAAAAAUAUAUCCUUCACACACGCCUUGCCCUGAUGAUCAUUUCCAUGAUAUCGAUUGUAUACGGAGCAUUAGUUUGCAGUGUUCUGGCCAUACAGAUCAAGUACGAUGACUACAAAGUGCGAAUGAAACCUGCUGCCUGCCUGUGCAUGAUCCUCUGGCGAGGAUUAGAGAUCUCCACACGAAUCACCACCUUGGUGCUCUUCAGCACAGCCUUAAAAUACUGGGUGGUGCUGGUGGGCCUGAUCAACCUGUUAAUCUUCUUCUUCCAGCCAUGGGUUGAGUUCUGGGCCAGGAAGGCCUCACUGCCUGAGAACAUAGAAAAGAACUUCAGUAAACUUGGCACCACCGUGGUGCUCUGCAUGGUUACAUUUCUCUACGCCUGCAUCAAUAUUUUCUGCUGGUCCGCCGUGCAGCUGAACCUGGCUGACCACGAUUUGGUGGAGAAACAGCCCCGCUGGAGAAGCUUGGCCAUCUACUAUACUGUCCGCUUCAUGGAGAAUGUGACCCUCACUAUUUUGUGGUACUAUUUCAAGUCGGACUUCUAUGUAUACGUUUGCACGCCGCUGUUGGUGGUGCAACUUAUCGUGUGCUACAGCCUGGCUGUACUCUUCAUGCUGAUCUUCCAUCAGUUCUGCCAUCCGUGCCGCAGGCUUUUUCACUACAAUGUCGAGGACUGUUUACGUUGCUCUUGCUGCUGGAGGAAAAAGCAAUCACAGCCACCGGAAGACCAUGAAGAUGCACCUCCUGACCUCACGAACCACCUGACGGAUCGAGAAACCGAUAUUGUGGAUGAUAUCAUGGAGGCAGCAUGAAAAGCAUCUGCUGUUAUGUUAAUGUAGCGCUGUUUGGGGCCAUGCUAGGCGUAUUUGCACAUAUCCUGACUCAGGAGUAUUACUAGCUACUGUACUUAGUGAAGGAACAAUUGAUUUUAUACGGUCCUAAAAGCUUCAGGAAAUUUCUGUUUUAUGCCUUUCGGAGCUGAACUUCAAAAAAAAAAAAGAAGGUGUUGAGCAUGAUAUCCUUAUUACGUUGGUGUGGAGAGGGUAGCUCAUCAUUUAUUAAUUGUAGAGCCCUGACCUAUUUUUUUUCGUUGGCCAUUGAAGACCAAAGAAUGCCCUCGGUUGAGUUAGGCUGUGAUGAUUCACAAAGGGAGCUUUCACUAGAGAGCUGCUUGGCCAGUCAGUAGGCAGGUGUGUGGGAAUCGAGCCAGUUUUGUAGUGAUGAAACUGGUAAAGUUUUGGCACCUGUUGCACUAACAUUUUCCAGAAAUCUGUGACUCAACAAGCCAAAGAGCCUUCUGAACUUUUCUUAGGUUUGCUUCAACAGCUUUUUUUUUUUUUUUUUUUUUUAACCUUUAGAUAUAGAGAGCCUUCUUCAAUGUUGGUCGCAUUUGCCUUAAUAUUGUGUGAUUGUAAUUUAGUGCCUGACUAGACUAAUGUUCUUAAUUUUCAACUGCAAAAAGAGAUGUUUGUUUGUUUUGUAUGGAAAAUAUAUUUGCCUUUGUGAUUUCUGCAUGAAUUACGUGCCUCUUUACUACUGAGUUGGAAUUUAUGAAUAAAGACGCAGUGAAUAUCUGAA